CCGAGAAAUAAUUAUCAAGCGUCAAACCCUAAAGCCCGGUAUUGCAUUCCCGACUCCUUCCCUUUCUAUAGUGUAGCGUAUCUCUGCUACCACCAGCAGCCGCAGCAGCAAUGGCAGGCGGUAAGAUAAGAAAAGAGAAGCCAUCAUCACGGGGGGCACCUUCCUCAAAUCACUACCAAGGAGGCAUAUCCUUCCACAAAUCCAAAGGACAACACAUCCUCAAGAACCCUCUACUUGUUGACUCCAUAGUCCAAAAGUCAGGCAUCAAGAGCACCGACGUUGUUCUUGAGAUUGGUCCUGGGACUGGAAAUCUCACCAAGAAACUUCUCGAAGUUGGCAAAAUGGUUGUUGCUAUUGAGCUCGACCCUCGCAUGGUUCUUGAGCUUCAACGCCGCUUUCAAGGCACCCCCUUCUCUAAUCGCUUAAAGGUGAUCCAGGGUGAUGUGCUUAAGACAGACCUUCCUUAUUUUGAUAUAUGUGUGGCAAAUAUCCCUUAUCAGAUAUCCUCACCCCUCACAUUCAAAUUACUGAAUCAUCAACCUUUCUUCAGGUGUGCCAUCAUUAUGUUUCAGAGAGAAUUUGCUAUGAGACUUGUUGCUCAGCCAGGUGAUACCUUAUACUGUCGUCUUUCUGUUAAUACCCAACUCUAUGCUAGAGUCUCCCAUCUUCUCAAAGUUGGGAAGAACAAUUUCAGGCCUCCACCCAAGGUGGAUUCCUCUGUUGUUCGAAUUGAGCCUAGGAAACCACGUCCCCAGGUGAAUCCUAAGGAAUGGGAUGGGUUCAUAAGGAUUUGUUUCAUUCGAAAGAACAAGACACUUGGUUCUAUUUUUAGGAUAAAAAAUGUCCUGUCCAUGCUUGAAAAGAACUACAAGACUCUUCAGGCGCUGCAGCAAUUGCAAGAUGGUUCCUCGGGGAGUACUAAUGCUGAGAUGGACAUUUUGGGACUGGGAGAUUCUAAGGAGGAUCACAGCAUGGAUAUGGAUGAUGGAACGGAUGAAGAAAUGGAGGUGGAGGAUGGUGAUGCAGACGGUGAGGCCUCUGAAUUCAAGCAAAAGGUUUUGGCUGGGGUGAAAGAGAGAGAUUAUUCUGAAAAGAGGGCAUCCAAACUCUCGCAAGAGGAGUUCUUACACUUGCUCUCUCAGUUCAAUAUGGCUGGCAUACACUUCUCCUGAUUGGAGUUUCAGAUGUUGCUCCUUUUCAUUUGAAGUUUAACCCAAUUUUGUUUGCUGUUUGCUUGGCUACAGAAAGGCUUAUUUAUGUUCUUUCCACUGGUUGAGUUUGAGCAUUGAUUUCAGGAUGUAAAUAGUCCUCUGUAUUAGGAGGUCAAUUUUUGUCUCACUUGCUAUGUUCCCCUUAUCUUUAUAUCCUCUUGUUGAAACACUCCUAAUUAACAAUUUCAAAAAUUUCUUUCUUUUCCGAAGCU